AUGAAAUCGUUUUUGGUUUACGCACAAAUUCUUUUUCAGUUGUUUUUAAUUUGCUCGUUGCGUGAUUCAUCAGCUGGAAAGUCGAAAAAAACUGCAACUCCAACUGCUACUGUGGAACCUAUUUUGGUCACGUCAACUCCUCGAAAUUUUUCAUCGAACCGUCCGGAUUUUGUACCUGUUAACAAGAAUAAAUACCAAAAUUAUGUGGUCACCCGUGUUAGCCAGUCAGAUGACAAAAUUUUGACGUUAAAACCAUCUACUAAAUCUAAAAGUAGAAGAAAAUCUCAUAAAAAUCCUGACAAGUUAUUAAGUCCAGUGAACAACACAAAUUUUGUUUCCACAUCUUAUCCUCCUGUGCUAGCUAUGUCCCCAUCUCUCACUACAGCUGCCCAGAAAAAUCCAUGUGCUGACAUAAAAUGUUCAAAGUUUGAAGAAUGUUACAUAAAUAUGCAAAGAUUACCAAUAUGUAAAUGUCCUAAUGUGUACAUGUGCUCCAUUCUACCGAAGGAAUACGUUUGCUCUGUUGAUGGGAAUUCAUUUAAAAAUAUUUGCUUGUUAAAGAUUAAGGAAUGUCAGGAGAACAGAAACAUCAAAGUUGCUCAUAGGGGAAAGUGUUCAUGGAGAGAGAGGAUGAAAAGUAGAAGAGAAGUUGAACAAAAUAAACAAAGAACUAGUGAAAGAAAGAAUAGAAAACAUACUAAAAACAAUAAAAAUCUUGAAAUAGAUCAAUGGAAGAUCAAUAAAAACAAUAAAAAGUUACAGAGUCUAGGUAAAAAGCACAACAAGAAAAAGCAUCCCAAAAGUCAAAAUAGAAAUAAAACAAAUACAUUUGUCAACAGAAAUGAUAGUAAAGUUAGGAAGGAGAAAAAUCAUACCACAAGAAGAUCAAACUAG